GCUCCUAGCUCACCACCUGCCUACCCUUGGACACCUUUGUCACCAUGUGGUUCCUGGUCCUGUGCCUUGCCCUGUCCCUGGCAGGGACUGGUGCUGCGCUCCCCAUCCAGUCCCGGAUUGUGGGAGGCUGGGAGUGUGAGAAGCAUUCAGAACCCUGGCAGGCGGCCUUGUACCACUACAGCAGAUUCCAGUGUGGAGGCGUCCUCGUGCACCCCCAGUGGGUGCUCACGGCUGCCCACUGCAUAAGCGAUAAUUACCAGCUCUGGCUGGGUCGCCACAGCCUGUUUGAGAAUGAAGACACAGCACAGUUUGUCCAGGUCACUAAGAGCUUCCCACACCCUCAGUUCGACCUGAGCCUCCUGAAGAACCACACCACCAAUCCAGAAGACGACUAUAGCUACGACCUCAUGCUGCUCCACCUGGCACAGCCUGCCCAGAUAACAGACACUGUGAAGGUCCUGGACCUGCCCACUCAGGAACCCCAACUGGGGAGCACCUGCUACGCCUCUGGCUGGGGCAACAUGGAACUAGAUCCAGUUGUAGUUGAGUACCCAGAUGAGCUCCAGUGUGUGGACCUCAAGCUUCUGCCCAACAAUGUGUGUGCUGAAGCCCACCCCCAGAAGGUGACAGACGUCAUGCUGUGUGCUGGACAAUUGCAGGGUGGCAAGGACACCUGUGUGGGCGACUCAGGGGGCCCGCUGAUCUGUGAUGGUGUGUUUCAAGGAAUCACAUCCUGGGGACACUCCCCGUGUGGCCGACCCAAUAUGCCCAGCGUCUACACCAAACUUCUGCCCUUGCUGGACUGGAUCGAGGAGACUAUGGCAGCCAACCCCUGAAUGUCCCCACCCUGUCCCUGACCCCCAGUAAAACCAAAUAUGCA